AGAUUUUUCCAUAACACCACCAUGGUAACCAUUGCUCUGAUUUCCUUUCUCCUCUUACAUCUCAUAACAGCCACUAUUUCUGUCACGCCUUCACCGUAUAAUGCCACAGACUAUUUCUUGCUCAGCUGUGGCGCACCAUCACCCGACGAAUUCGAUGGCCGUCUGUGGAAUCCGGAUACCCACUAUCCAAAUUUCUUACCUUCCAACUCUUCAACCAUCUCCACACCAGCCAUACCUUCUGAACAAGGCUCAGUCGACAGAGUUCCUUAUAUGACCGCCCGUAUUAUAAAAUCUCCCUUCACCUACACUUUCCCCGUCUCCCCUGGCCCCAAAUUCCUCCGUCUCUAUUUUUACCCUGCCGAUUACGCGCCUUACAACAAAUCGGAAUUUUUUUUCUCCGUCACUGCUAAUAAUUUUACCCUCUUGAGUAACUUCAGCGCCUUCCUCACAGUCUCUGCAAGUACCGAUUCUCGUAAAGUACAAAAAGAAUAUGUCAUCAAUGUUGAUGAAACUCAGAUUCUCAAUAUCACUUUUUCUCCUUCACCAAAUUCUUAUGCUUUUGUUAAUGGGAUUGAGAUAGUUUCCAUGCCAACUGAUCUUUACAUACGCGGAGACAGUCAGAACAUCAAUUUGGUGGGACAGAGUAAUUUUUAUUACAUCAAUAACAACACUGCUCUUGAAAAUUUGUACAGGCUGAACGCGGGGGGCAAUCUAGUUCCUAGCACAGAGGACACUGGGAUGUAUCGUGAAUGGACUGGAGAUGACGCUUUCGUUGUCGGAUUAGGCUAUCAAACUCCUCAUUUUGGUGACUACGUCAAUUACACUUCUGAAACCCCAGCUUAUACUGCGCCAACCAUAGUUUACACAACCUCCAGGACCAUAGCAAAUUAUAGUUCUAGUCUGGAGUGGAUAUUCCCUCUUGACUCUGGGUUCUACUAUCUUUUCAGGCUUCAUUUUUGUGAGAUUCAGCAGGAAGUUAAGGAACAGAACUAUCGGGUUUUCGACAUAUCCAUUGGAAACCAAACGGCAGAUCAACAAGUUGAUAUAAUUCAACGGAGUGGCGGAUGGAGAGUCCCGACGUACAAAGACUACGUGGUGAAUGUGAGAGACCCAGAUGGUCGACGAAGCAAGCAAAAUGUGUGGCUUGAAUUGAAACCUAACAUGGAAACAAAAGCUGUGUAUGCAAACGCCAUCUUAAAUGGCUUAGAGAUUUUCAAAUUGAGUGAUCCAAAUGGAAAUCUGUCCGUGCCAAAUCCUGAACCGCCCUUAGCAGUUCCGACUAAUUCACCCCCAAACAACAAAAAGAAAAAAUCAUGGCAUAUCGUUGCUUUUAUCAUUGCAGGUGUGAUUAGCGGAAUUGUUCUGUUUUCAAUUCUGGGUUUCUUAAUUUCCCGGAGACAAAAUAGGGGAAAAGAUUCUGGUACAAGUGUUCCCAAGUCUUUAGAGUCCACGCAAAACACAGGCGGCUCAGGCUUAUCAUCACUACCAUCCGAUCUGUGCCGACACUUCUUAGUAAAAGAGAUUAAAACCGCAACAGGCAAUUUUGAUGAAACUUUUGUGAUUGGAUAUGGAGGUUUUGGUAAUGUUUAUAAAGGAUACCUGGACAAUGGUACAACCAUAGUGGCAGUCAAGAGAUCAAAUCCUUCAUCAAAGCAAGGGGUUCGCGAGUUCCAAACAGAGAUUGAGAUGUUAUCAUCAAAGCUCAGGCAUCUACAUUUGGUGUCCUUAAUUGGUUAUUGUGAUGAUAACAAUGAGAUGAUCUUGGUUUAUGAUUACAUGGCUCAUGGAACCCUCCGUGAUCACUUGUACAAAACUGAUAAUGCUCCUCUUUCAUGGAAGAAACGCCUAGACAUUUGCAUUGGUGCAGCUAAAGGAUUGUAUUACCUCCAUUCUGGUACCAAACACACGGUCAUCCACCGAGAUGUCAAGUCAACUAACAUCCUAUUGGACGAUAAAUGGGUCGCCAAGGUGUCAGAUUUUGGAUUAUCCAAAGUAGGUUCACUUGGUGGGACAGAUAUUACCCAUGUUAGCACUGCAGUCAAAGGAAGUUUUGGGUACGUAGACCCUGAAUACUACAAGCGUCAACAAUUGACAGUAAAAUCAGAUGUUUAUUCCUUUGGGGUGGUUUUAUUUGAAGUGUUGUGCGCUAGGCCAGCAAUAAUUCCUAACUUGCCAAUUGGACAAGUAAAUUUGGCAGAGUGGGCUUGCAGGUGCUAUAGAAAAAGAAAUCUUAAGCAAAUCAUUGAUCCUAAUUUGGAAGGAGAAAUUGCCCCGGAAUGUUUAAGCAAGUUUGCAGAAUUGGCAUAUCGUUGCUUGAGGGAUCAAGGGGUCCAAAGGCCAUCAAUGGGUGAUGUUGUAAGAACUUUAGAAUUUGCAUUACAGCUUCAAGAGGGUGCAGAUAAUAGAGGUCGUGAAGUGGAAGGGCACAUAUACCCGCCUAGCCCUUCUUUUCCCUCGAUUAUUAAUAGUCAUGCUAAUAUAUCGACCAAUGAAGAUGAGAUUUUCUCAGGUUCAGGUGAAGUUGAAAGAAAGCUGACAAGCAAUGGUAUAUCCAUGUCGACCAGUAAGAGUGCCAGAUUGAAGAAUGUCACCCUUUUCUCUGAUCUAGUUAAUCCAUUGGGGCGAUGAAAUUGUUAUGAUUGAUACAAUAAAGUUACAUAUAUGAAGUUUUUUCAGCUUUAGGUGAUCAAAUUGGGGUCCAACUCGAAAAGUAACGGUACAUCCAUGACAAUUGUAUCGACAAAUUGAAGAGUGUGACCAUUUUCUAUAAGAUCAUGAAUCUAUUGGGUGGAUUAGAUUGUUACAGCUGUUCAAUAACAUACAUAUUGUUA